AUGGCUUCACGGACUUUCUCCGCUGUUUUCGUCGCUCUCUGUGCUUUCCAGGACAUCAAUUCCGUGACGGGCAACGCCAAUGACUGCGACACAGACUGUGCCACAACUUACCCUGGGUCAUAUUGUAAGUAUUGGAAGACGCCGAGCACCUGCUUCGGCUCGGUUGCCCCGUGCUUCUGCGGCACGAGUGGACCGACUGAGGCUCUCCGAGGUUCCACGUCCUCUGCUGCAGUCACGGAUGAGGUCACUGAGGCCGCUACAAGCGAAGAAGGUACGACAGCAGCUCCCGAAGCAACGAGUACGACUGGUUCUGAAGCUACUGUCGAUGCCACAGUGGCGGCCAGUACAGCUGCUAUGACCGAUGAGGUGGCUGUCACUUCUGCACCUCCUGUGACUGGCGAAGUGAUCAUCAGCACGGCAGCUGGGGAAGCUCCCGGUAGAGACAAGGAUGACUCUGUUGCUACCACCAAGGUCCCUACGGAGGCUGCGACUGUCACGACUACGAUCGGUGCUCCUGUUGAGCUUACUACUACUAUAACGUCCCCUUUCCCGGUCAGCACAGCUGCUGUGACCGAUGAGGUCGCUGUCACUACUGCAGCUCCUGUGACUGGCGAAGUGACCAUCAGCACGGCAGCUGGGGAGGCUCCGGGAAGAGACAAGGAUGAUUCUGAUGCUACCACCCAGGUCGCUACGGAGGCUGCGACUGUCACGACUACGAUCGCUCCUGUGACUGGCGAAGUCACCAUCACCACGGCAGCUGGGGAAGCUCCCGGUAGAGACAAGGAUGAUUCUGAUGCUACCACCCCGAUCGCUACUGAGACUGCGACUGUGGCUACCACGAUCAGUGCUUCUGUUGAGCCUACUACUAUUAUGACGUCCCCUCUACCGGUCAGUACACCCGCUGUGACCGAUGAGGUCGCUGUCACUACUGCGGCUCCUGUGACUGGCGAGGUGACUAUCACCACGGCAGCUGGGGAAGUUCCGGGAAGAGACAAGGAUGACUCUGAUGCUACCACCCAGGUCGCUACGGAGGCUGCGACUGUCACGACUACGAUCGGUGCUCCUGUUGAGCCUACUACUACUAUAACGUCCCCUUUCCCGGUCAGCACAGCUGCUGUGACCGAUGAGGUCGCUGUCACUACUGCAGCUCCUGUGACUGGCGAAGUGACCAUCAGCACGGCAGCUGGGGAGGCUCCCGGUCGCUACGGAGGUUGCGACUGUCACGACUACGAUCGGUGCUCCUGUUGA